UGAAAUCGUUCGAUAUUAAAGCGUGUCGAUCGUAUGAUGAAUCAGCAGGAUCGCAUCCUUAAAACUGGUCGACGAUGCGGUAGUAAAGUGGGGAUGUUGCAUGCACUUGAAGCAAAAGAUGCAUGGACUACUUUUUACCGUUGUCACUUUUUCUUGCUCUCAAUUUUACCGAUUCCCUGUGAGCGGCGAGGCAAACUCGAGGCUCCGUUACGAACGAUGCUAAUUUUUGUUCUAGAACCAAAUACCUUUGCAUCUCGUCCAUUAUGAACCAAAGAAACGAAACGAUUCGCUCCUCCACCUCGAUCUUAUGCGCUCGUUCGAUUCUUCCGCCUGGGAUCGAUCGCGUUCCGAAUUAUUAGAAUUACGUUGUAUCGCGUACGGUGAUUUUCACUGGUACUUAACUUAAGUAGCUUGUUCAUCCGUCAUCAGGGACGUAAUGUAAUUUGAAGGGAGUGGUACUCGCGGCAACCUCGUUAGAUCUCGAUGAUCGAUUUAUCGGUGCAAGCGUGAUCGGUCGAUACAACUUCGGCGCCGUCUUAUGCAACGCCCCAAUUCCACGCGCCGUGAAACAUGGAAGACUUCCUGUAUCCCGGUCGCGAGACAGAAAAAACUUUUACCUUCGAUCGACAUUAGCAUGGCUCGCGUACCUGUAACGAUUCAUCGAUUCGCAUAAAGACGUGUCCCAGGGAAUCGGUAACGAUCGAUUCUGCCUUCGUAAACGUAUCCGUCGCGAAUUUUACGAGCGGCCAAGAAUUUUCCACCGUUUAAUCAGCCUCUGUUCCCGUUCGUUCAGCCACGUUAUGUAUACGCUUGCAUCGAAUCAUUUUCUAACAAUUGCUUGCAAAUCUCUUACUAGUUGCUCCAAAGUAUAAAGUUUAACCUUUCGGAAAUGGACGUUUGUAGAAGCGAUUCGAAACUUUCGCAGUGUUGUUAUGGAAAGUUUCGAGGCAUUCUAACAGCUCGGAAUCGUGCUUGAAAAGCACCGGAAAGAAAAUGCGCUAAAGAAUUUCCUUCCCGUUCGUACGUCAUUCCGAUCGCGUCAUUGAAUGAGACGAAAGUAAGAUUUUUGCCGGUGAAUCGCGUUGUUAAAAAUCGAUAGAAUCGAGAACACGUUGAAAUAUACGGGUACUUAUAACAAAUAAGUCGACUAGCUGCAUGCACUUAUGUAUGAAUCGCCUCUGACCGUUAGAGCGUAAUGCACGACCGCUACAUGCAGAUCAACGUCACCGGGACGAGCUCUUUCACGAUGCAGGAGAGAAGGGAUAAAGAGCAACCGAGGGGGGGCAGGCCGUUACAUUUUCAAUAAUUUCUUACAUAACUCGUAACCCCAUAGCCGGAACCAGCCUCUAUCCAGGACAGCGGAAUAUUCCUGAGCUUUUCGGUUUCUCUCUGUCAUUCCAGAAUCUUCGUUUAUCGCGACUCGUUUCGGUUUCUAUCAAUGAAUCGCCUAUUCGUUACGUUUUUGCGUUAGCAAUUCCAAUCCGAACACCAGUCAUUUUUGAGCGCACACUUCGAAAGCUCUCAGAGGUAAUUCUAUCGGUUAUUUGUUCUCCGCUACGAAACGAAAUAUACGUUUACAAGGUCCAUUAAUUCUGUGAAAUAUUUGGCCGUCGAAGCGUUAAAUUUCUUAAAUCGGCAGGACGCGUUUGACUUUUUUUAUUAACGUUAAUUCAGCUAUACUUAGAAACUUUUGCGAAAUAAAUAUUCAUGAAGCCGGUUAUAACUUGACAAGGAGUUUCUAAGCGCUUGAAAGGUGUAAAAUUAAUUUUUAGUGUUCGAAGAACCUUGAAAAAAGGACGAGAGCACCUUCACAGUCUAACGCGAAGCAGAAGACCGUCGUCCGACGGUUUUAUUCAUUGCUAAUCCGUGCAACCUUGAUCUUCGUCACUGUUCACCUUCGCGUCAACGAAUACGAAUAUCAAGCAGACUUUUUAUAACGACGAUCUAUCUGUGGCAACAUCCGUGGUACCAUCGGCGAAAUCUUCCAAAAAUAAAUACACGAGUUCCCCUCUUGGUCAAACGUUUCCCUACCUCCGAACAUGCGUGGACAUUUCUGCUGAUCAGAAAUACAUAUUUUCUUUCUUUUCGAUCGACGGAAAAAAAUUGAAUUACGUUGUCGCGAUCCGGACAUUGUUACCGGUGGACUGUCAGAAAAGUGUGUCACCGAGCCAACUUGCUUCUCUCACUUUCUUCCAAUUCACUCUUCCCGCUAGAACAAUCGAUCCCGAUACUUUCUUGCGUCUUUUUGCCAAACUAUACGAACAACAGAGAAAAGAUACAUCUUUCUAGAAACAGUUUGUCUUAGCGUCCAUUACUAUUAUCCAAAUAGCAGAAUCUUUUUCGAUGAUAUUUCUGACGACGAAGGGUACGAGAAACUGUUACGAGCGAAAAUAAAAGCUGUUAUUAGCGCUGCAAGGCGUAAGGAUAAAGUCCAAGACAUCCGGUAUCGUUUCGUUCUUUAAACGAAGCAGAGCCUUGAUUUUGGUCGAGACCGAGACCUUCGUCGAGUCUGGCCGGUUCCCGAUAACCAUCGAACAAAUCGAAUCGAUCCGUCUCACCUCUCGACCCGCCUCUGCUCGUCAUCGACUCGCUUUUCGCGGACGCUCAGCGAUCUUGAAAUUCCGCGAGCCCAAGGUGGUGCUUCGUAAGUGUAGGAUCAAGAUCGAGACGGGAUCGCGAGAAAACACGAUCGUUUUCUACGAACCUACCCUUUCGAUUCAUCCACCAGAGAGAAAUCCUUCGAUCUUCCGUCAAAAUUUUUCUUAUAGGAUAAAGCGUAGGAUCUGUUCAAAACAUGGAUCGAUAUCGUAAGAUCUUUCGAACGUAUUGUACGAAGGUUGUUCGAUAAACAACCCCCGUAUAAGUAUAAUCUGAUUAGAGGAAUAAUCGUAACUUUGUUACUUGAUAACAGUUUAUAGAAACGACUGAGAACCAUCGAUGAAAGUCCGCUACCUGUUCGCUGCUUUGAUAGGUUAUUUCGUUUUAAUUGGGCCACUUGUCUGAAACAGAAGUAUCGCGAGAUGUCUCGCAGACAUUCACGAAUCUCGGUAUUUAUUCUCGAGUAUUUACCGCUCGCGUGACUUCAGGUAUUUCGAUAAAUAAUAACCGACGUGCAAUUUGAUUUCGCGUGCAACUAACAACGUCCAUCGAUUUCGGACCAUCUUCCUUUUCGUCCGUAUUAUCGUUUGAAAAUUUCGACCUAUCAUUUUAUCCCUAAAAUCCUUCCUACCAAAUUACCUUCGACAAAAGCGUCUUCUUCGGCAACAUCGGACAUUUUAAUCGGAGUAGUUAUCGAAAUCGUUUAGACAAUGGGUAGAAGAGUAGCGAGGAUUAUUAUGAAAUUUGCACGGGCCGAAACGUUAGUCAUCGAGAAUUAAGAAAGUGAUAGAACGAAGGAUCUCGGACGAAGCUUGCGGGAAGAAGUCUGGCACGUUCGAUCGAAAGCGAAAUGAAAAAUUUCGCGGUUCUCGAUGAAAAAAAGGGAGAAAGAAAAAUACGAGCUUGGAUUCGUACAGAAGAAUCGACGGAGACGAGAGCUUUCCCGUUAUGCGCCUCCUCUCUAAGCUGAUUUCGAGCUGGCGGCCAGAGGCCGGUACCGCUAGCUUCCCAGAAAUCGACGCUCGAUAAUACCUCUCGAUACGGAUGAAGCAAUCUCCUACUGUCGCAGCGGCCGAGAGGGGAAAAAAAAAGGUUGUCCCGUGACAAAAGGGUGGGGGAGAAUCGGUCCCAGGAGUGGGAGAAGUCACACAUAUACCCAACACACCACUAGCUUUGCUCAUGUUUUAUUCAUCGAUUCAAACGAAUUCGAAGUGUACUCUUCGUCGCGUGCUUCCUCCAUCGUCACCGAUAACGCGAUGUCCUUCUUCUCUUAUCCGAGCUUUCAGGGCUAACUCCUCAUUCAGGGAUACCAAAGACGCUCGAUUCUGCUCUCUCGUUUCUCGUUUCUUUUUUUCUUCUUCUUUUAGGCUAUUCUUGCAUCCACAGUUUUCGGAUAUUUCCCAUCGAAUUAUUUUCAUUCUUUUGCUGUAAUUUUAUUGGAGAAAAGCUUACGCAUGUACAUGUUGCUUCGAACAUUCUUCUCGAGCCGUAAAGUGGACCGGGUAGAUUCGACGUCGAAAGUAAUUACGUCCGACUUCGCUUCGAUUCUACCGAACUGACCUACUAUGAUCGUCGCGUAGAACGUUGACGCACGAACAACGCGUAUUUUCACGAAUUGUUUUUCUCGAAGGGAUCGACACACUGUCGUGUUAUUUUUAUCGAUGUCACCAAACGAUUGCUUAUUCUAUACGGGCUAAUUUUUACCGUUCCAGCUUAUCGAAUCGACUUCGAUGCUUAUCGCGUAACCGAGAACUGUUGAAAGCAUAUGAAAAGCGCAAAUAUAAUCACAAAGUGGCAAUUGCCAAAUCAAACAUAAAUUUAAUUAUCCUUAAAUCUAAAACGAAUAAAAAUUAAAUUUAUUAAAUGCAAAGGACAAUCGGUUCACGAAUCGAACUAGAAGACAUAUUGCAAAAGCGAAAAAGUUGUUUAUAUAAUGAAAUGUCUAAAUGUUCUUAUGCGAAAUUCGAUUCGUAGACAUUGUAACGAGGUGUACACGCGUUUGCAAUAAUUCAGCUGAUCGAUUCAGCCGGCUGGCGAUUGAAUCCGAUAUCCUGGCCCAUUGCAAAUCAGUCUAAUUUUUAACAGACACACAGACGCUAUAAUUUUUCACUGGAACUACGGUACACCGUUACGAUUUAUCGAAACGAAUUGUCGAUCGCGAAAAUGUUCCCUCCGAAAUUCUCUUCGAUUCGACAAGAGAGCUUUGCAUUAUUUUUUUCCGAAAGAAAGAAAGAAGAUACGCGACAAGUGUACGUAUAGUAGUAACGUGACGAAUGUCAUUUACAGUUUUAAUUUCGAUUCCGUUGUUGCAUCACGCGAAAAAAACAACGAACGGCGUUGGUUGUGUAACCUACAUUCAGUUUUCUGCAGAAGAAGAUUUCCGAUUAAAAAGCGAUUGAUUUUCACGAUCGAAAGUAGCAGAAAAGUGUCCGGCGAUAACGCGAAAUCCGCGUACGUACGCAAGGUGUCCGAUUCACGCGUCACUACGAAAGAGAACGAAAGCAAAACUUUCGAAAGGUAUUUUUUAUUACGUUUCACCGGAUGCUCGACGGACGCGAAAAGUUUUUAUUCGAAAAGCACGAUAAACGGAGGAGAAGAUAUUGCAAAGGAUCGAUCGUGGAAGAAAUCGAAGGCGAAAGCUCAGCGGUGUUUUCCGGUCGGGCAAAUUCCGUGGUAAGGAGGUUUUUCGCGUUGGUCGUUAAAGGGUCCCGCGUUAUAUACGAGGCGAAAAAGAGAGAAGAGAGCGCGGGGCGAGCGUCGGUCCCAGCUGAAAACGGCGGAUUUUCGGGUGGCUGUUCGAAAGGGCCAUUCCGAGCGCAAUGGCGUAACCGCGACAGCCGUCCGAAUCGCUGAACGUCUCGUACAUCGAAAUAAGAACGGAAUAAAGCGCGGUCUGGACGGGAGGCUGGCGUAGCCGGUCUCACGAGGUGCUCGUUGGACUGGAGGCUCUCACCACCUUGCUGCCAGAAAACCCGAUGGCACCUUAAGCAGAGAAGUCAAGGGCAAGAAGCGUCCCUUCGUUGCCCAGUCUGGCUCGGCUUGGGCCCUACUUGGACCCCACUCUCGCUUGGUGCUUCGUGCUCGGCCAACCUCCUCCCCGUACCUCGUCCGUGUGUAACUCUGUUGAACGUGGCGAUCCCCGUGCUUCUCCAGCCCCUUCACCUUUCCGUCACUCCCUCCUUCCUCCUUUCCAUACCUUCUAUCAUCCUUCCGUCCGCUCCCUCCACCUUUCCAGCCCUUCUUCUUCUUCUUCUGCGGGCUCUCCCGUUCCACACGCUGCUGGACGCGAGUUGGUUCUCUCGGUGCUUUCUUGAAAUUCGUCUCCCUACCAACAGUAGCAGCACCAGCAACACCAGCACCAACGGCAGCCGGCACCGGCACCACCAGCAACAACACCGUCAACACCAACGCCGGGGACCAGCAACCGAGCCACCAGCAACACACCCGGUUGUAUACACUUACCACGGAGAACGAGCGACAGAGAGCACCACCUCCUCCCUCUUCUGCCCUCGUCGCAACGAAUCCAUAUGUAUGGGGUUGAGGCGCACAGGCGACGCAAAUGUGCUGACUACAUUACGCCGCUAUAUAAGAUAGCCGGCCAACCAUCCUAUCCCCACAGACCGAGCCAGAUCGGCAGACCGUUCACAGACGGACCAACGAACCGAUCUACCGACACAGAUACACGACACAUCUUUUUCGUUCACGAGAUCGCGACACAGCAACACCGACAACACAGGGUUUAGAGUCGUUCGCGUCGCCCGAUCACCAGCUACACCGCGCUUGCUGCCAUUUCUUCGACACACGAACCCGCCGGGAGAAAGUGAUCGUAUUUUCGAGCGAGCUUCCUAUUCGAAGAGCACGCGUCGAAAAUCGAUCGAAAACGAUCGGUACGCGCCUCUUUUCUCGCUAACGCUUUUUCUCGCUCCCCGCGACACGGACUACCGUAGGUCGGGAUACCGCGUACACGAUCAUUUGUGUCCACUUGUGCCCGAACGUUGUGAGUGCGCCGACGAGAAACAACGCCGAAGAUGAUCCCCUUGACAGCCACCACGUGCUUCCUGCUCGCCGUCACUUUACUGGCAUUAGCUCUGAUCCUCUUGGAUUAUCUGAGCUCCAAGAAAACCUCCAAGCAGGUUUCUAUUCUCGACGACGAUAGUCAAUUAUUGCCGGAACCGCCUGGACCGAAACCAUGGCCGAUUUUGGGCUCCCUUCAUAUCCUGGGACGGUACAACGUGCCAUACAAAGUUUUCGGUGACCUCGUUAAGGAAUACGACUGCCAGGUGAUCAAGCUCAGGAUGGGCUCCAUGCCCUGUGUGGUCGUGAACGGUUUGGAGAACAUCAGAGAAGUGCUGAUCACCAAAGGACACCACUUCGAUUCCAGGCCCAACUUCGUCAGAUAUCAUCUGCUCUUCGGCGGGAACAAAGAAAAUUCUCUGGCGUUCUGCAACUGGUCCGAGGUUCAGAAGACGCGAAGAGAAAUGCUGCGAGCGUACACGUUCCCUCGAGCCUUCUCCACUCGCUAUAACGAGCUGAACGGUAUAAUCAGCGACGAGAUGAAGUUCCUGGUCGACCAUCUGGACUCUCUGUCCAAGACGGACGUGCACGCGAAACCGUUGAUCCUCCACUGUUGCGCCAACAUUUUCCUCACUUAUCUAUGCUCGAAGAACUUCCGCUUCGGACACGUCGGUUUCCGUAACAUGGUCGACAACUUCGAUCGCGUGUUCUUCGAGGUGAACCAAGGAUACGCCGCCGAUUUCCUACCGUUUUUGAUGCCUCUGCACCACAGAAACAUGGCAAGAAUGGCGCACUGGAGCCACGAGAUCCGAAAAUUCGUCAUCGACAACAUCAUCUCCGAAAAAUUGAACAAAUGGAACGGCUUGAUACCCGAAAACAAUUACAUGGACUGUCUGAUCAACCACGUGAAGACGGACGCGGAGCCACAAAUGUCCUGGAACACGGCGUUGUUCGUGAUGGAGGAUAUCGUCGGAGGACACACUGCCAUCGGGAAUCUUCUGGUGAAGGUUCUCGGCUUCCUCGCCACCAAACCGCGUAUUCAGAAAGUCGCGCAGGCGGAAAUCGACGCUAUCGGCACCACGGGCCACUAUGUCGGCCUGGAGAACAGAGGAUCCUUGCCUUACGUGGAAGCUAUCAUCCUCGAGACCGUUAGACUGAUCGCCAGCCCUAUCGUUCCGCACGUGGCCAAUCAGGAUAGCUCCAUCGCUGGUUACAGAAUCAAAAAGGACACCUUCCUGUUCCUGAACAACUACGACCUGAACAUGUCGAGCGAAUUGUGGACGUCGCCGGAAGAAUUCAUGCCCGACAGAUUCGUCCAGAACGGCAGACUGCUGAAACCGGAACACUUCUUGCCGUUCGGUGGUGGUCGAAGGUCGUGCAUGGGCUACAAACUGGUCCAGUAUUUGAGCUUCUCGAUCUUGGCCACGUUGCUGAAGAACUUCACGAUAGUACCGGUGGAGAAGGAGGAUUACACGAUCCCGAUCGGUAAUCUGGCCAUGCCCGAGAUGACCUUCAAGUUCCGAUUCGAGAGACGGUAGGGCCAUGAGCGGUGUCGAAGAUUGGCCUAAAAAGAAAAGGAAGGGCCGUCUCGACGAGUCCGAUCGCUUCUCGACGAAAGCUUCGGAAAGCGAAAGUUCACCGGCAAAUAGGCAGACUCUUGGACAGAAAGGUUUCGAUUUGGCCGAGGAUGUUCGCGGUUUCGCGUACGCGAAAUCGGCCGAACGGAGAGGUUCUCACGUAAUUAGCGAGGAAGAUAAAAAAAAAACAAGCUUUACAGAAGGUCGAAUGUCACGGUGCUACGACGAGGAUUCGACGCUUCCACGGCAACGAGAGCUUUACUGACAUUACUAGACGCUUAAGCUAGCUAAUUGUUGAUCGUCCGUCGAACCGCGACGACUAUUCUCCCCCCUGCAUCCCUCGAGCCCCGCAACCCGCACCCUUCAAGCAUAUCGAAGACGAUCAGCCGCGUAAUCAGGAGAGAAAACUUGGACUGAAUCGAAGAGGGACUGACACUACGGUCAGAUGCUGCCAGAGAGCACUACUGUUGUUUUUUAGCUGAACGCUUUUAUUAGGUAAAUCGAGUCUUGCCGUUCAUCUUCUUACUUCUUUAUCGACUACGGAUAUAGCUAAGGUACGUAAAAUAGAAGAGGCGUCGUUUUAUCGAAUGAUCGUCGGUCCUUUUAUCGGAGUCGAAUUCGAAAGAAAAGUUUCAAUAGAUUUCCUUUCGUUAGAAAUAAGCUACGAGGCUAAGUUACUCUUCGUUACACGAAUUACGCGAUCUAAGUAGAGAAAAAAAUGUGUAGUUUUCCAAGAACGAACAAAUACGACGAUAGUUCCUUCGAAACCGAUCCUAUGUUGAUCGACGCGAUUUUAUCGUUUCUAUCUUUUUUUUUCUCGUAAUCGAUCGAUUCCGAAGGAACGUGACGAAUCGAGCACGGUGAUUCACGGUUCCUAUCGAGAUCCAGGGAUCGGAAAUCGCCGAGUCCCACGAAUUUUCUGUUGAUCCAACGAUCACGUACCGACUGUCAUCCGAUAAUGUACUCGUUCGAAAGACGAGACACGAGAACGUGAGCGGCAAGCCUAGACGAUAUGGGUCGAGACGAUUUUCGUUCGUUCGUUGUUCGAUCGGUUGUUCGAUCGCGAGAUAAAGGAAGAAAAUUUUCGAGAACGAAGCGACUCGCGAUACCGUUUCCGCGAUCGGCUAAAUGCGCGCGCAGCUUUCGACAUGUAUCGUUCGCGGUAUUUCGAAUACUCGACCAAUGUCGGUGCCGAUAUUGAUCCAAUAUUAUUCGCCGUUCUGGAAUCGGGAAACUUUAGUAUUAUAUCGAGUUCAAAGGACAUCGAUUCCGGUCGAGCGAAUUUCGGUGCAUACGCGCGUUUAUCGUAAGAAUCGUGACGAGUCGAUAUUGUUUGAGUUUUAUACGAAAUUAGUAGCGUUUUCGAGUACGGUUCAGGAUCGGCCUGGUCUCGUCACGGUUCUACUUGUUAUCUCUUUCGUUAUCCGAACGGAAGAUUAGCAGUGAAAUUUGUUUACGAUAUUGGAUCAAUAUUUCGACUCGUAAAUAAUAUUUCGAUCGUUCGAUCGAUCGAAAGUGUUAACGAAAAGUUUGCGUCGCACCGAAGCGUACAACUUAUUAACUUGUUAAUCUCGUUUCUCGGCGUAAUCCACGGCACGUUUCUUUCUUUCUCCUCUCCUUCGAUUUCUUGUUUUCUUCUUAUAUUGUUCCUUCUCUCGUUCUCCUGCUUUCUUCCUUCCUUUCCUUCGUUAUUCUAUCUUCAAAACCUUUUGUUUCGCUAGAAAAAAAAUUCCUAAAGAUCCACCCUCGCCAUCGUCGUUUUAGAAAAAAAUAAUUGCUCGCGGUGGCGUUACGUGAUUGUUCUAUAUGGGAUGGGAAAUGGUAGAGAACGAACGAGUUGGAGUAAGACGAGAGAAUCAAUAAUUAUACUUGUAAUAUUCAAUUAUUACACGACUGAAUAGCUUUUCUCAAAGAGAGAAGUUUAUUUCUCGCGGGACAAAUGCUCGCGGUUAAUAAUUUAUUUCUGCUAUCGAGCAUCGAUUCUUAUUAUUAUUAUUAUUAUGUUAUUAUUAUUAUUAUUAUUAUUAUUAUGGCUUACUAUUAUUAUCGUCAUUAUUAUAUGUAGCUAGAGACGUCAUCCUACCCCUUUUAUCAUCACAUUCUCCAUCCCUCGUUUCAUGCUUCUUACAUCCGUAUGUUAUUUUGUGUUUGUUAUUUAAUUAUCCUGAUUGUUACGACAUUUGUUAAUUUAUUAUUUAAGAUUUUAAUA